AUGCUGGUGCUAGAGCCGCGAUCCCUUCUGCUGCUGCUCUCGGGGGCCCUGGCCCUGACCCAGACCUGCGCCGGCCCCCACUCCCUGCGGUAUUUCCGCACUGCCGUGUCCCGGCCCGGCCGCAGGGAGCCCCGCUACAUCGCCGUGGGCUACGUGGACGACACGCAGUUCAUGAGCUUCGACAGCGACUCGGCGAGUCCGAGGGCCGAGCCGCGGGCGCCAUGGGCGGAACAGUUGGGAUCCGAGUACUGGGAGCGGCAGACGCGGACCUCCAAGGAGAACGCACAGAGGAUCAAAACGAGCCUGAGCACGCUGCGCGGCUACUACAACCAGAGCGAGGCGGACUCUCACACCUUCCAGCUGAUAUAUGGUUGCGACGUGGAGUCCGAGUCCAUUGGUCGCCUCCUGCGCGGGUACGACCAAUCCGCCUACGAAGGCAGCGACUACCUCGCCCUGAACGAGGACCUGCGCUCCUGGACGGCGGCGGCGGGAACGCCGGCUUGGAUCAGUAAGAUGAAGUUCGAGAAGGAAGGUGACGCUGAGCACAAGAGGGAGCACCUGGAGAACACCUGCGUGCCUUCGCUCCUCAGUUACCUGGAGAAAGGGAAGGACACGCUGCUACGUGCAGAAGCCCCCAGAAGACACAUAACCCACCAUCCUUUCUCUGACCAUGAGGUCACCCUGAAGUGCUGGGCCCUGGGCUUCUACCCUUCUGAGAUCACCCUGACCUGGCAGCGUGAUGGGGAGGACCUGACCCAGGACACAGAGCUGGUGGAGACCAGGCCUUCAGGGGAUGGAACCUUCCAGAAGUGGGCGGCUGUGGUGGUGCCUUCUGGAGAGGAGCAGAGAUACACGUGCCAUGUGCAGCACCAGGGGCUGCCAGAGCCUGUCACCCUGAGAUGGGAGCCCCCUUCUCAGUCCACCAUUCUCACUAUGGGCAUCAUUAUUGGCCUGGCUCUCCUCGGGGUUGUGGUCACUGGAGCUGUGGUGGCUGCUGUGAUCCGCAGGAAGAAGCACUCAGGUGAGAAAGGAGGAAAGUACACUCAGGCUGCAAGUAAGUGUGGGCAGGGCUGGGGCCCUGGAAUCCUGGGAACAGAGACCAGAGCCCAUGGGGAGUUCCCACACCCCUAUUUCCUCCUAUAGUCCCACCCCUGGGGGCUCUGACCUUGGCCUGUUU